AUGGUGAAGCAGACCAUCCAGAUUUUCGCGAGGGUGAAACCUUCUGGCCGGAAGCAUCAGCAAGGGAUUUAUUCCAUAGAUGAAGAUGAAAAAUUAACAUCUAGUUUGGAAAUCAUCUUACCUCGUGAUUUGGCAGAUGGAUAUGUGAAUAAUAAGCGAGAAAGCUACAAAUUUAAAUUUCAAAAAAUUUUUGAUCAAGAUGCAAACCAAGACAUCAUUUUUGAAAAUAUUGCCAAACCAGUUGCUGAGAGUGUCUUGGCAGGUUACAAUGGUACCAUCUUUGCUUAUGGGCAAACAGGCAGCGGGAAGACAUUCACCAUUACAGGAGGAGCAGAGCGCUACAAUGACAGAGGCAUUAUCCCCAGGACACUGUCGUACAUUUUUGAGCAAUUACAAAAGGACAGCAGCAAAAUAUAUACAACUCACAUUUCCUACUUGGAAAUCUACAAUGAAUGUGGUUAUGAUCUGUUGGAUCCAAGACAUGAAGCCUCUGGUUUGGAAGAUUUGCCGAAGGUGACAAUAUUGGAGGAUACUGAUCAGAACAUUCACCUGAAAAACCUAUCUCUUCAGCAGGCAACCACAGAAGAAGAAGCUCUGAACCUACUUUUCUUAGGUGACACUAACAGGAUGAUUGCAGAGACUCCUAUGAACCAAGCUUCAACCCGAUCCCACUGCAUUUUCACUAUUCACAUAUCAAGCAAGGAACCAGGAUGCACAACUGUCCGACAUGCCAAACUUCAUUUGGUUGACCUGGCUGGUUCAGAGCGGGUUUCCAAGACUGGAGUAGGGGGCCUGCUUCUAACAGAGGCUAAAUAUAUCAAUUUGUCACUACAUUACCUAGAACAGGUCAUCAUUGCUCUUUCGGAAAAACACCGCUCACAUAUUCCCUAUCGGAACUCCAUGAUGACCAGUGUCCUGAGAGACAGCUUGGGAGGGAACUGCAUGACAACCAUGAUUGCCACACUCUCCUUAGAGAAAAGGAAUAUUGGUGAGUCUAUAUCUACCUGCAGAUUUGCACAACGUGUGGCACUCAUAAAGAAUGAAGCUGUUCUUAAUGAAGAAAUUGAUCCCAGAUUGCUGAUUAUACGCCUACAGAGGGAAAUUCAAGAGCUGAAGGAUGAACUGGCCAUUGUUACCGGGGAGCUGAGGAAAGAGCCACUCACAGAAGGAGAGCUCCAGCAGUUGGAAAAACAAAUAGCAACCUUUUUGGAAGACCAGGAUCCAGAAAGUAGAAUAGAGAUUGGCUCUGAUAUGCGUAAAAUUCAUCAUUGUUUCCAUCACUUAAAGAAACUAUUGAAUGAUAAGAAGAUCCAAGGAAAUAACACAGUAUCCACUGAAACCAAACAGCACAACCACCAAGAACCAUUAAAAGAGGAUGACUAUAAAAAAAUGAGAGAUCUUCUACAGCAGCGAGAUAAUGAAAUUAAUAUUCUGGUCAACAUGUUAAAGAAAGAAAAGAAGAAGAACCAGGAUGCUCUCUGCUUUUCUGGCACUGAAAGAAGUGAAGUGAGACAAUCACAAAGCUCCCCUUUUCCACCUAGAAAUCCAGAAGGUCCAAAGAUGCUCUUAUCCUCAGCACCCACACAACCCCAGGACCUCAGCACUUUGGGAAACAGACCUAGUUUACUUCAUGGAAAAGCAGGGGUGAGAGAAAAAAUGUCAUUAGGACGCCAAGAGGCUUUUGAAAUCUUCAAGAGGGACCACGCUGACAGCAUUACUAUCGAAGACAACAAACAGAUUCUGAAACAAAGGUUUUCUGAAGCGAAGGCCCUAGGAGAGAUCAUAAAUAAAGCAAGGAGUAAAGUUGGUUGCCUAAAGGAAGAAAUUGUGCAGCGACACAUGCAACAAGUAGCUCUAGGCAUCUCAGAAAAUACAACAGGACCCCCGGUGCCAGACCUGGUAGAGGAGAAGCUUCGAGCACAGCUGGAGGAAGAAAAAAAAAGCUAUAAAACACACUUCGUGCACCUGAAGGCCCUGAAGGUGGAGAUUGAGCACUUGCAGUUACUCAUGGAAAAAGCCAAGGUGAAGCUGCAGAAGGAGUUUGAGGACUGGUGGGCAGAGGAAGCCACGCGGCUGCAGGUCAACCCUCAAACCAUGAAUUCACUUGAUCACAUGAGAUCCUGUCCACUAACACCUGAUUUCCAGUCCAGAGGGCUACGGCCUCUCUCCCAAAGAAGCCCACCCAAGCAGUUACCAUCCUCCAUCCCUCUCACCGGGGACAACCAGACUGACUCCGACAUCUUGGCUUUCAUCAGAGCCCGACAGAACAUUCUACAGAGGAAAUGUUCGGACAGCAACUGAAUUUUUAGUAACAGCCCCGCUCUGCAUCAGUGGCCACAAAAACAAAAAAUGGCACCUCCUCUCCUGGCCCAGACUUCAGCACUGGUCCACCGGCCGCUGACAGUUACCCAUGACUUGGAAUCUAAUGGAGGGGGAUUCUGCAAACUGCAUCCUGGGUGUUACUGAGAAGUCUGGAACCCUGACUGAUGGAGCCAUCCUGACUAGGGGGUUCCCAACAGUCCAGCAAUGACUGUGUAUUGGGGGGCAGGGCAAGCAAGGGAUUCUAUUCAUUCCUGGAACUGUGUCUCACAUAGAUAAUUAUACGUCAUUAUGAUGAUGAAAUAGUAUAUAAAGUUAAAGUUAUGACAGGAGAUGCUGGCACUAUUGAAAUGUAGAGACAGUCAGGGGAGGCUGUUACUUUUUAGCUUUUGACCAGCUCACUUCCCCAGCAAUUCCCUCCCACCUUAGAAGCUCAGAAAUGACUGGAGAAGGCAA